CGGGAUCGGAGGUGUCGCAAUCCGGGAAAAGGAUAUAUUUUGCGUAGCGCACUGCGUUUCAGCGAUAAGGCCCAUAAGUAAUUCAAAUUCUAUUACUUGUUCUGGGCGAGACGCUACUCACACGGCUGAUAAGGGAUCGCAACAUUUGGCGAUCAGACGGACCACCGUUUGAACUUUGAGUCGUGUACACGCAUUGAUAAACGUGAAAUUUAUGCGGGCGGGACCUGCGACACACUGAAGCACUGGCUAUUAGGGUCGCCCGCUGUUAUCGCCGUGCCUAACUUUUAUACCCGGUACUCGAAAAGCUAAAGGUCUUUUUCUUUAAAAUAGAAGCAAAUUUUCCAACUAGAUCCACAAAGGGAGAAUUUAGUUGAUUUAAUAUGGGAGACGUGCUCGAAGAGAAUGAUCAUCGCAGUCUUAGUGACUGGUCCAACGUGAACAACACGAAUGGCACAAUGCACCUGUCCAAGGAUAUGGUGUUCAACGAUGGUCAUCGAUUGUCCAUCACAGUCUACAGCAUACUGUUUGUGAUCUCAACAAUCGGCAAUAGCACCGUGCUAUAUCUGCUGACCAAGCGGCGACUGCGCGGCCCCUUGCGGAUUGACAUCAUGCUAAUGCAUCUGGCCAUCGCCGAUCUAAUGGUGACGUUACUCCUGAUGCCGAUGGAGAUCGUGUGGGCCUGGACGGUGCAGUGGCUCUCCACGGAUCUGAUGUGCCGCCUCAUGAGCUUCUUCCGCGUCUUCGGGCUGUACCUGUCCAGCUACGUGAUGGUUUGCAUUUCGCUCGACAGAUACUUUGCCAUCCUGAAGCCGCUGAAGCGGUCCUACAACCGCGGACGCAUCAUGCUGGCCUGUGCCUGGCUGGGCUCUGUCGUGUGCAGCGUUCCCCAGGCCUUUCUCUUUCACCUGGAGGAGCAUCCCGCGGUCACUGGCUACUUUCAGUGCGUCAUAUUCCACUCGUUCAAGAGCGACUUUGACGAGAAGCUCUAUCAGGUGGCCUCGAUGUGCAGCAUGUACGCCUUUCCCCUGAUCAUGUUCAUCUACUGCUACGGGGCCAUAUACCUGGAGAUCUAUCGGAAGAGCCAGCGCGUCCUCAAGGACGUGAUUGCCGAAAGAUUCCGCCGCUCCAACGACGACGUCCUCAGCAGGGCCAAAAAGCGGACCCUCAAAAUGACCAUCACGAUUGUGAUCGUGUUCAUCAUCUGCUGGACCCCUUACUACACCAUUUCCAUGUGGUACUGGCUGGACAAGCACUCCGCGGACAAGGUCAACCCGCUGGUGCGAAAGGCGCUGUUCCUCUUCGCGUCGACAAACUCCUGUAUGAAUCCCUUGGUCUACGGGCUCUACAACAUUCGCGGCCGUAUGAACAACAACAAUCCGUCGGUGAACAACAGGCACACGUCGCUGUCCAAUCGCCUGGACUCCUCCAACCAGCUCAUGCAGAAGCAGCUGACCAACAAUUCGCUGAUCAACGGACGAGGCCAAGUGAUGGCGGCUGCAGUGGCGGCCACAACGAAGUUGGCCAAUGUGGUGGGCCUGAAGGGAACUGCCGACUCCAAUGGCUCAGCUGCAGCCGUGGGAACAGCGGUCACUCUUCCCGCGCCGCCCCUUCUGACGGAACCCACCGCUCCGCUGGCCAGUGACGACGAGGGCAACGACGACUCCAGUCUCAGUGUGGUCACCAUCAGGUGCCAGGAUCAGACCCGGUUCCGCCAGAACUGUGGCGACUCCAUCGAAAUGACCAGAGUGGUUAAGUAAACAAUAAAAGUUGGGCCACGAUGGCAACUGGAUCAAUUAAGAGAUCUGCUACUGUUCAUCUGGAGAAGUCGGCUUGGACCAAAGGGCAUUUAAUUUGCUAACCAGCUUAUUUUGGAAUUUUCAUCAUAAAUUCUUUUGGCAUUUGCAUUUAGCUAGCGACAAAUUAAAAUGUUUUUAAGACAACUUGCGCCAAACCAGGACAGAUAAAACUAAAGAUUUUAAAUUGUUUUGUUUUGGACCAUUGAAUGCUUGAAAACAAAGUUUCGUAUAGGAAAUACGCUUACAUCUUAAGCUUACUCAUAGAUAUACUCUAGUUAGUCGGAUUAUUGCUUAAUUUAAUAUAAUUUAUUCAUAACAACAAACAACAAUAAAAGAAACCGAAAUACAAA